UGGCUCAGUUUUAGCUGAAUCAACGUCGAGUUAGGAUGGAUUUUUGAAUUUUUGUUUACUCCGACAAAAUUCAUUCAAAAAGAAAAAAACCAAUUCGUUCGAGGGGUUUUUUGGAUAUGUUUUGUUUUUGGAAUGUGAAUUGUAUUUUGUUGCACAUCGCGAUAUCUUUUUGAUACAAAAUUUCGCGACUUUAUGAAUUCCUUUUACGAUUUGACCGAAUUUACGAACGAAUAAGGAAGAAAGAAAAAAAUAUAUUUUACGUGUGGAUAUUCAAAAAAAAAAAAAAAAAAAAAAAUUACCAAAAUUGUAUCUCUUGAAUAUUGAUUAAUAUUUUUGAAGUGAAGUUUUUUCUUUCUUUCUCCUCAAAGAAGAAAAAGAAGAAGAAGAAAAAAAUUUUGUGUCUGCACCUGUGCAACUUUUGUGUGAUUAAGUAAUAUCUGUUCUGUCUUCACUCCUUUUUUUUUUUUUUUUGUUGGUUUGUGUGUUUUGUAUCUUUUUUAUGAGAAACCUUGCAUUAUUCAGAAUUUGUAUCUAUCUAUCUUUAACAACUCUUCACACACGACAACGACCUUUUUGUCUUCUUCAACCGGAUUUAUUGGAUAAAACAGACGACGAAGAAAAAUAAAUAAAAUACCAAAACAGUGACAGUGGAUUUAACACCAAAGAAGUGCAAGUGCAUAAAAAAUCAUCAACUCCAACAACAACAACAACAACAAGUUUAUUGAAUUUCUGCGUUGAAAAACAAGAAAAUCAUUAAGAAAAAGAAAAAAUAUUAUCAAGAAAUUCCUUAAGAAAGUAUCUUUCUCUCACUUUUCAAAAAAAAAAACGGAUUAAAACGACCUUGUGGAUUAUUAUCUUUUACUUCUUCUGCUAAAAAACCAACAUUUUACUGCAAAAAAGACGAUGUUAAAACACGUACAAAUAUCUCCUCUAAGGAAUCGCUCAGAUUCUGUAUCUUUACGUUCAUCGACAUCAUGUUCGUCAUCGAUAUGUGGUAGCCCAGAGCCACCAUCGGAAAUCCAAAGAACCCCAUCGCGGGCGUCAAGUUAUUCCAGUUUAAAUGAACAAUUGCCACAGACAACCAUUAAAGUAUUUACCAGCUGUUUAAAAAUUGACAUCGAAUAUAAAACCUUGGGAAUUCAAUGGGAUACAACCAGCAAGGAAGUAAUUGGACAGCUGUUAAGAAGACUCAAAAUGAGACAUCGAGAUCCACGUUUGUUUUAUCUCUCAAUGGAAGUGAGUGUUCGUAGAGCUGGUGUCAAGACAAUCCUUGUUCUCGACGAUGAUACUCGACCAGCUAUUUUACAAGCUUGUCAUCCAAAAGGGGAAUCAAGAUUCUGUUUGCAAUUACGACCUGGUGGCCUUAUCCGUGUUCAUACAUCAGCACUUCAACCAACAUCCCAAUACAAGUCAUUGGUUAUUUCUGAUGGGACCUCUUCCGAUGAAUUACUGGCUCUAUUGUUGUCUUGUUACAAUUCUAUGGAACCCGUCGAGCAGUUUUCCAUCUAUGAGGUAUGUCCUGGCCAAGAAUACCAACGUAAACUACAUCCAGACGAUCUGCCACUACGAGCACAGGCCGAACGUAUGAAACGUGGUGAAACCUGCCAUUUCCUGGUGCGCCGCAAUCCAAAUUAUCCUCGACGACGACAAUUGUUGACAUCACUGAAUGAAUACUCCUCAACGUCUUUGAAGGAUACAAAUUGCAAUAACGACGACGACAACAACGACCAACAACCACAAUUGUUAGAUAUGUCAACUGAUUCUAUUUCCGAUGUUUCUAACAACAACAACGAGAAACAUACAACAACAUCAACGCAACGAAUUACCACAAAUGUAUCCUGCUCCAAGGACAUCGAUACCCAAUCGAUUACAAGCUCUGCCAGUAAAUCUUCUUUGUCAUCAUGCAGCUCGACAUCAACAUCGUCCUCUUCCUUGUCAUCAUCAUCAACAACGAGUAGUUCCUUCCAAAUCGAUUGCAAGAAAUGUCGAAACAGCUUCAAGUCGUGCGAAUUUUGCCACAAAAAUUCUGCCCUCAUCCAAGCGCAACGUCAAUUACAACUCCAGACAUACAAUCCUGUCUAUAACAUCCGUGAAAUUCGAACUGUUGGACAUUGCUUUUCGUCCUUGGGCAACGAUAAAAAACUACUCGAUAUCCAUUUGAAUGGUCGUUUUGAGAGUCGUUUACCACCAGCUCUGCCGGCUAAGCCACAAACCCUACAAAGGCCACAGAGUAUGGUAUUGAGACGUUCGUCUAGAAUCGAAAGUGAUUUGAAUGGAAAUAGUUUGGUGUCAACAACAGCGGUGGCGUCGUCAUCGGCGACGUCGUCGGUUACAUCGUCCUCGUCCUUGACAGAGGAGAUGGUUAAUAAUGACCCACAAAAAGGAUUGGGGCAUUUUGUUUAUAUUUAAAAAUAAAUUGAACAAAAAAAGAAUAGAGAAAACGAACAAGCGAAGAUGAUUUUUAUUAUAUCCGAGAAGAAAAAAAUACACAUUUUUGAAGCAAAAUUUAGUCUUACUAGUCACAGCUUUUUGAAAUUAUUGAUGUUUGUAAUUUUGCACAAAAAUUUUUAAUUUAAUAACUGUUACAUUUAAUCAAAUAUGUACUCUAAAUCUAAAUCUGCAUGCCUUUUUGUUAAAAAAGAAGCGAUCCAUGCUUUUGCUGAAAGCUUUUAGAAAGCUUUUCGAAA